AUGCAGAAAGUACAAGGAAGCUGGGUGGAUGACCAGCGGCAGGGUCAUGGUGUUUACGCGUACCCCAAUGGAGACACAUAUGAUGGUGAAUGGCUGCACCAUGAAAGACACGGGCAGGGUACAUACACACAUCACGAAACUGGGUCUCAGUACAUGGGCACAUGGGUCAUGGGAAAGAUGGAGUCCACCGGGGAGCUGAUCCAUCUGAACCACAGAUAUCAGGGCAACUUUGUCAAUAAUAAUCCCUCUGGUCCAGGGAAGUAUGUGUUUGACAUUGGCUGUGAGCAGCAUGGAGAGUAUUUCCAGUUAGAGCCGAUCUCUGCCACACUGCCAAACCAGGAAGACAGUGGAAAUCUAGAGCUGACAUUACAAGAGAGCAUCAAGAAUUUCAGCAAGCAGCCAGCUGCGUUUGAAAGGAUUGGAUCACUUGUCAUGUCACAACAGGAUAUGUAA